AUGGCUCGACUCAAGACUUUUAAUAGUUUGCAUCGGUCGUCACAACCAAAUAUCACACAGGCACCAGAUACAUUAUGGGAGCCGAUUGGACCGGGGAAAGCGCACCUCCUCCAAGAGCUUGAAGCGCUCUACUGGACUGGAGUCGAAAGUGAACUGGAGAAUAUCAUCCGCACACUGAAGGUUUGGCAACAGCCAGAGUACGCGGAUAUCAUUAUCAGCGAUGAAAAUGAUAAUAACGUUCAUGGCUUCGACACGUUUCUUGACCAGGUUUGUCAAGAGGCGAGAGCGUUCGCUAUUCGCUAUGGGGAGACGAAGCUACAAGAGAUGGCCAACCCCAAACCAGCACAGGCGAUAUUGUCACGUAAUCUUUCUUACCAGGAAGCGCUGAAGAGAGUCAUCCUUGAUACACGAGCGGAGUAUUUUAGCAAAAAGAUUAAAGAGGAAGUUCGUGAGCAACUUAACACCAUCCCAAGAUUGUCUGGUGUCGAAUUGCGAGCGUGUAUGCUGCUUCAGAAUGCCGGUUUCCUUGACAUCGACAAGCUGAUUGAGCAUCGGCCGCCGCUGGAUAAGUUAGGCUUCUGGAAACGACCAGCAAUUCCACAGCUAACACUCUCGAAAUUCGAUGACCAAUGGGUCCCUCAGUUUGCCCCAAUGCAAUGUGCUGAGUGCAGGGCCAUCGUUAGUGGAAGCAUGUUCACUAGACAGGAACAGUCCGAAGUGCCACAAGAAGCCGCACACACUAUAUGCGAAGACUGUUAUCGGUCUAACAUGAGCAGGAAGAUGUGCCAAUGCUCGGAUGUAUCUCACUAUGAUUCACAGGGGUGUCCACGCAGUCUGUUCCCACUGAAUGAGGAAGAUAAACAUAUUUCCUACAGAUCGAGUCAUCGUUGCACGAUACUGAAACUCUCUGAAUUGGUUACGUAUGCAAAGUACCAGGGGCUUCUACGUACCGCAAAGGUGAAACGGAAGAGGGGAAGACGAUUAUCUGAUGCCUCGUGGAUCUCGAAGAUUGUUGACCGAUCUCGGGGCAGGCCAAACUCUCAACAUACAGAUGCACAGCGUGGCCAAUCUCACAAUCAGUCGCCGCAAACAUACGGAACAAAAAGGCAACCAGCCUUUCGUUCCGUAACGGAAAAUACCCGCCAGGGAGAUCAUCGUGCUCCUGUGUCGAGUACCACGAGCGCAGCGACGGAGUCGAAGGCGGAUGCAGACAUUCCGCUUUUCUUUCGUCAGUUCACUGAGAAGUAUCCUUUUGGAAACGUACAUAUGGCUUUGCGUGUAGGUCCGUUGGUUAUAGAGAACGGUGUUUCUCACACCAAAGCAGGCGUUCUUAUAACUCCGAGGGAAUCGCAGGUAUUUCACGAGCGCUUUGCACGUGGGACACAUCAACGCAGCCUAGCAGUGGGGGGAGAUUCGGAGAGACAUCUCUGGCAACAACAACGACAGAUAGGCCCUCCAAAGAGAUACAAAGCUCUAAUGAAACAGAUUGUCGGGGCUCCCUUUACAGGAGUACUUUCCCAGAAACCUGAGAGUGAGCAAGAGAAAGAGAUAAUAGAGCUCCUUGUGGCUGCCAGCAAGCAGCCAUUUGAUAAUCCCGGCUUGCCUGUGAUGGAACAGCAAAAGAUUCUCGACGUCGCAUUAAGCUCUGUUCUGGAAAAGCUCAGGGGUAUGCUCAGCCCAAGAGUUAAGAUAUACCUUACCAGCAUUGCCCAGCGUCUUCUUGACCCCGCGAACACACUCACAUGGAGUGCGACAAGCAAUAAUUGUCAGAAUUUCUGCAACUCUUUGAUCGACACAGACCUGUUUGAGCCACUGGCCAAUGGCCCACAUAUGCAAUCUAGCGAGGUAUCCUCUCCUCUCUAUCUCAUGAGCUUCGUCUGCCCGCCUGAGGGUUACCUGAACAACAAGAUCAUCAGUAAAUUCGACGUCCCGAUAGGAUUAACUGAGGAAUACCUUCUUCGGUUCCAUUACGGCCGCCAUGACGAGGCGGACCUAAUUGACACCCUCCAGGAAUACUGGUAUGACUGGGGAGCUUUUAAUUCUCCAUUAUAUAACUACCAGGAUCUCUUUCCAUGGGAUUGCACCGAAGCAUACAGGAGGUACCCGACCAAAUGCGGGGAUUGCAACUUGUCCAAACAUGUCUGGGCCUUUCCCUUCGAUUCAUGGUCUAUUAUCGCGCUGCAUCUUUACCGCGACAAACACAUGUAUCAACCAAAACAGGAUACGGACUCCAAAGCCACCAAUCCCUGGCUACGAGACCGUCUUACCAUCCUCACAGCAUCGUCUAUUCUCGCCCGUGCUGCAACAGCAAUGGCUAAAUCACCCACGUUUUGCAAAGCGACAGCUUGGCUCCACUCCAAAGAAAAGGGACUUCGCCGCAUCGACCCUUCCCUCGCUCGGGUCAAACUAGGCGGUAUCCACCGCGCCCAACCAUUUAGCCACUACUUCGAGGCCGGGACCUACAGUCACUACUUCUUAGCCGAAUGGGCGUUGAAAAAGCACGAUGAUAAGAUAACCGAUUACGAGACUCUCCGAGAUGGCCGUGCAAAACGACAUGAUAUCCGUAUAGGCCGGGGCAGAUUCUCAGAGACCAACAGGCAGCCUACAGAUUUCAAUCAAUCAUUCGAUUGGUUCCGAGGGCUUGAUCAUAAUGCUGCCGAUUAUGAUUACUGUGACAAUCAGAGGCAGAUAGAAACUGACGCGCAAUUUGAGGCGCAGGCUAAUGCUAGUAUGGCUGCUUCCCUUAUCGCUGAUUCGCAGCUGGGCUCUAUACAGAAUGCUGAGCAUGCUGUGGCGGAGGCGGCUGCUGCUGCUGUAAAUUGCGGGUCAGGAUGUGGGACUUCGUCGGCGCCGUCGCAUGUUUGUGGGUCCUCUUCUUCUUCUGGAGGAGGCGGGGGAGGCUAUAGUAGUUGUGGUGGUGGAAGCAGCAGUUGUGGAGGUAGCAGCUCUGGUGGCGGAGGUAGCAGCUGCGGUGGCGGAGGGAGUAGCAGUUUUUGA